UGACGCUGCACUCUGCACAAUCUUACACUUAGUGUUACACUAAUGACUAAUGACUAAUACUAAUAUUAGUAAAUUUGGAGAGAGAUCACCGUAGCCGCCAUCUUGGUUGCCGCGAACUUAUGUCCAAAAUGUAUCCCUAAACCUAACCUGAACCCUAAACUUAUCACUAACCUGGGUUUUGACCCUAUCGGAACCAGGGUUUUGACUCUAUCGGAACCAAACCACCGUGAACCAGGGACAAAACAUGCAAAUGACGUCAGUGCUAUCUCUCCAAAUUAGCCUAUUGUAUUCAAUGUCAAUAUUAUCAUGACUGGGAAAGUUGUGAGUAAGUCAGUAAGUUAAGUAAGUCUGAGUAAGUUGAGUAAGGACAUGAAAUUAAAAUUAUUUAGACUAAGAACUUCAGUAGUCAAAGUAAGAGCAUUUCCUUUGACUUUGAGCUCAUAAUUUAUAAUCAUAAACAACAAAGACCCAUAACUAUUGUCCUUUUAACAUUAAUAACAUGGUAAUUGAUAGUAAUAAUAAAAAUGUACAUAAACUAGAGAAAUUCUUGUUGGCACUCCUCAGAAAAGUGGUCCAAAAUUAAAAAUAGAAUACUAUUUAUUAGAAACUGUUCGGCUACCAGCCUAAUAGCCAACGAUAAUUGGUGAUUUAAAUGUAUUCAUUUUUUUAAAGAUCGCAAUCUUCAUUAGCCUCUUCAUCAUCAUCAUCAUCUUCUGGAAAAAAAAGAAAAGAAAAAGAAAGAAAAAUGAAAGAGAGAAACAAAAGUUUUCUGUGUUGAAUUGCUGUUUUAUAUUAGUCAGUGUUUGUUUCUGUUCAGACUCAAUGUAUACAGUAGUGCCUUCGUCGUCGGCAUUGUGUCAUACGUUUUUAGAAUGUUUCCUGACAAGACAUUAUUUGAAAUAUGAACCGGGGCUUGCGUUCUGCCAGCCUUGGUAUUGUUCAUUUUAUAUUAUUACAAGCACUAAUUAGUCUGCAAACAAAAUUUGAUUUUAAAAAUUACGUCAAUAAUUAUCGGCAGCUAUAAGGCUGGUAGCCGGACACUUUCUAAUGAAUAGUAUUCUAUUAAAAUUUGGGGCCGCUGUUCUGAGGAGUGCCGUCUUGUUGUCAGGUUUAAUAUGAUCCGACUUUUCAACUAUAAUUAAAGUAAACCUUAGCAAAAGUCUGUACUAUAGACUUUAUCAUGAUCUAUUUUAAUAUUUAAUUAAAUAUUUUUGAAAAGUAAUUAUUAGGUCUACAUUUACAAAAUGACCCCUUGACCUUUUAACUAUCAUCUUCAAUGGUAAAAUAUCAAUCUCAUCAUACUCGUAGAUAACAUAAUUCUGUAACUUUGAAUUACAAGGUACAUUUGAUUAGCGUUUACUCCAUGCCUUGCCAGUUAUCACGGUUAUUGAGAGGGCAUUUCCGUUUAGGCCUACUUAAUCACAUAAGUGAUAAGUAUAAUCCAUUAUAUGAUCAACCAUAGGCAUUUGAGUUUGAGUGAGGUUAGAAGGUAUUGAUCCCAGAAGUGGCUGUGGGUAAAGUUAUGCAAAGUCACCAAAAAGUUAACCAUAGUAAUUUUUAUAAUUAUGAAGCUUAGCUUUGUUGUAAAUUGUAGACUUUAUAAUGAAUACUACUACUACUACAGUGGUCAGUACUAUAAGUAAUUAUUUGACAAAUAUUGAUGCCAAUCGAGAGCUUCAAGGCUGCCCUGGCAUCUGCUAGGAGCCGUUAAGAUAGCAGCAUCGCUUCCCCAACCGUUGCACAUAUGCCAGUACAUGGAUUCAGCAACGUAUCCUACCAGAACCAGUUGUACAAUAUUUUAAUUUUUAAGUUUUGGAUACGGUACUAGCUUAUCUUCAUCACAGAUAAUUAGGAUUGUCCAAUUCGGGACAAAUUCUUUCUCUCAGGGCGAGGACUGAAAGAUAUAAACAAAUUUUUGUUCCCCAAUCUGUACGAAUUUAGCAGCGUACUCCCCAAGAAGUCCCAAAACUAAAUGAGAACUAUUAAGCCCCAGAAAUGGCUAAGAGAGUUCACUGAAUGGCUGUUUUUUUAACUAGUAAAUUAAUUUAAUGUAGAUGUCUUGUGUUCAAAUUGUUUUAUUUAUAUGCUGAAAAUGAACAAUGCAAUCAAAACACAUUUCCAUUUGUUUGUAUCAAUAAAAGUAUCUUAUCUUAUCUUAGAAGUAUAGUAUUUUAAAAAGUUUAUGAUUAGUAUGCCUAUAGUCCUAUAAUUUACUUCAUUAAUAUCCCAUUAUGUGUUGAGCUGCAAACUGCAAGAAUUUUGCUUUGACAAGCUUUAUUGGAUGAGGUUCUAAUGCGUCUUUAUUUUUCUUUAUCAAUUAAGUAAUAUUUCAAACACUUUGGCUAAAACAGUCAUUAAAACUUGUUUCCAGGUUGCACAUAUUCCUCGAUGUAUAUUGGCUUGUAUUGUCCAUUAGCUUGUAUGUAGACUUUGUAUUGUUGCAUUUUGUAUUUUAAUGUGGAAAAAUAUAAAUUGUCAUGUAUGUUUGACUUUGUACCCUAAUUCGAGCCUCAAUUAGGGAUGAAGCAUGUUUUUGAAAUGAACUUUAUUAUUAUAAACAGUAAUAUUAAAUAUUGACGGAAGAAUAAUCAAGUAUUGCCAAAAAUUCACAGGAAAGGGCUGAAACUCUUCAAGGAUUACUAGUCUCUGCAGUGCUAGUUAAAAUAAUACAUGACAUAGGCUAAUCUUCCCGUAGUUAAACUGAAAACAAUGUUAUUCAAAUUAAACUUCCAUGAACAUGCUAUAUGGGCCAUAGCUGUAGUUAUUCUUUUUUUCUCUCCAGAAAUGGCAAUGGUCACAACAAAGUGCCUUGUUUUGUUUCUGUGCUGCAGUCUGAGUCAUGUAAACUCAUGGCAACAGGACCAACAACUUCCUAUUGUAAAAAAUAAUGAGACAUCAUCUGGGAAGUUAAAUUCGAAUGGAGGAUAUUCUUACAAAACACUGUAUUAUGACCAGCAGGUGAGCAAAAUUACAUUUACAUGUCUGAUCUAAGAUUUGUUAUAGUUAUAAGUUUAAAACUUUAAAAGUCUCCUCUAAAAGUGUGGUAAUGUACAUUUUGAGUACGUUUUUAAUAUUUUGACAAAAUUUUAAGAAUUUUUUCUUACUAAAAGCUAGUUAUUAUUGGACUAGUUGCUUGAACAAUGUUUAAUGCUGUUUUCUUUUUGUUACUUAGAUUGAUCACUUUGGUUUCACCAAUGGCCAAACAUUUAAGCAAAGGAUCCUUGUUGCAGAUCAGUUUUGGAAUAGAAAUGGGGGUCCCAUUUUUUUCUAUACUGGAAACGAAGGAGAUAUUGACUGGUUUUGUAAUAAUACUGUAGGUAUCCAACAUUAUUACUAGUACUACUCAUAUUACACUGUUUUCAUACCAAUUAGUAUUUGCUGAAAAAAAUAUUUGGCCCUUUUUAAAGAUUAUGUGUAUACUUAUUUGUGCAUUGUUGACUAUAAAAUUUAAAAAAUCAAACUUAUUUUUGAUUUUCUUUGAUGUCUCUUAUUUUUUAGGGUUUCAUGUGGGACAUAGCACCUGAAUUUAAUGCAAUGCUUGUCUUUGCAGAACAUCGAUACUAUGGGGAAUCUCUGCCAUUUGGACAGGAUACUUAUAAGGUUAUCUCCCAUGGCCUACAUUUUUAAGAAUUUAACACUUUAUUUUUAUUUACAUUAUUUAUCAAAUUUUCUCCUAACCACACUGUGCUAAAAUGUCAUUAAUGAUAAAAAUAAGUUAGAUAUAUGGAGUACAGAAGCCAUAUGUAUUUUCCCAUAGAAAAGUGUUGUUUAGGUCUGCAGGUUUCAAAGAAGAAAGUCUUCCUAAAGGAUUUUUGAAAUAAAUAACUUUAAUUAAGGGCAAGGGUAAUAAGAAUAUGGGACAUCGAAAUAAGCAAUUCCUUUACAUACUCAAAGUUAUAACUAAUUAUACGAUAAAUAAAAAUAAUUGUUCUCUCAAGUCUAAGACAUAUUUAUUUAUUUCAUAAAAGUAUGAAGCCACCCUCUUACAUUAACUUAGUCAACCGUUAAACAUCAAAAGCUCUUUCCAAUUAUUUCAGAAUGUUAGUCUUUUGAAUUACCUGACAUCAGAGCAGGCCCUGGCAGACUUUGCUGAAAACAUCCGAUACUUAAAGACAACAAUUCCUGGUGCAGAAAAUAGCGCAGUCGUUGCUUUUGGUGGAUCUUAUGGAGGCAUGCUGGCAGCCUGGCUGAGGAUUAAGUAUCCAAAUGUGAUAAUAGGGUGAGUUGGAGUUGUUGUUUUUUCCAAACCUUUAUCUGCUUUCUGCUAAAAUGAUCUUUUAACAACAUGAAAAACGAACUUUUUGGUUUGAUGAAAACAUUUAUUAAAAAUCAAACAAAUUAUUCUUGACCGUUAAUCUAAACUCUUUAAAAUGAUUUAUCUUUAUUAUUAUUUUUCAAAGAAAGAUAGGGAAUAAAAAUUUUAUAAAAUUAAAUAGCAUUACAUACAUACAUAUCAUUGUAGUAAAAUUUAUAUUAAAUCUUUUUUUUUUUUUAUCAGUACUUAAUUUGCUAUUUUUUAUUAUUUACCCUCUUUUCAUAUUUUUCACUCCACUGCACUAUCUGUUAGGGCACUAGCAUCAUCAGCUCCAAUCUGGCAGUUCACAGACCUAACUCCCUGCAAUGCAUUUUAUGAUGUGACAAGUAAGACUUGGUUGGAUGCAUCAACAACUUGUGUAGAAAAUGUUCAUAGAUCUUACAAUGUACUGGCUACUAUUGCUGAAUCAGGUUUGUUGAAAAAUUGUCUAAUUAAUGGUCUCUCCUCACAACUAUCUGAUUUUGUUUCAAUUUCACUUGUAUUAAGUAGUGUAGGCCUACUGAUCUACUAUAUAAAGGGCAAAGUAUGUAUAUGUAUUUAUAUGUUAACCAUAAACAUUAAAACUAGUAAAAAGUUUACAACCAAAUUUCGCAUGAUAAUACCUCUUGAUACAAAGACAGUUCAAAAGUAAUUUGGUCGAAAUCUGAGUACUCUAGUGGCUGACAUUAAACAUUUUUUUAGAGAGCAUCAUGAGGAAUGUGAACUUUGAACCCAUAUGUUUCCUUAUGUGAGUUUUGGUACUGGCAUUUUUUUAUAAAAUGUGAUAUAAUUAUUAACUACCCAGGUAACACUUUGUCUCAUUGCCAUUGAAUUUCUGUUUAUACUGAAAUUUCAAUGAAUGAUUUAAGCUACUGGGGAAAAUUAAUUCAUUUUGAAGAGGCAUUUUGUUAGCUUAUUUAUAAUAUAUUAUUCCUGCCACUGUUGGUCAAUGAUGUAAAAAUAAUUGGUUUCCAUCAAAUGAAAAUUGCAUUAUUGGGUUUAAAUAAGGGAUGAGCCAAAACUUGUUUUUCUUCUUCAAAUUCUCUAGAUUCUUGCAAAACUUAUUGAAUGGUUAUUUCAAUUGUUUGUUUGGUAAAUGAUCAUUUCCUGAGUCUUCAUGACAUUAUAAUAUCAAAUUACUUUUAAUGCAGCUGGUGGUUUUGAGUUUAUUCAGAAGGCUUUUGGGCUGUGCACACCUUUGGCCUCAAAGUAUGAUCUUGAAACAUUUAUGGACUUCCUAGUUGAGAUGUAUACAGAUUUGGCUAUGGUUAACUACCCUUACCCAGCGUCAUUCCUGGCCGAUUUGCCUGCUUGGCCAAUCAAGGUAGAACUUUAAUGGCAUUUUGCAAAAAAUAAAAAAAAUACUGAAAUGAAUUAGUUGAAGACAUUUACUAAUCAAAUUUAUAUUCAUUCUUAAAUAUACAUUUAAUUGUUCAGCUUAAAAUGUAAUAAAAUUAGCUUUUUUUUUCAUACAACACUUAUGAAACAUUGCUUACAUAAAUUGAUAAAUUUUUCAGGUAGCAUGUAGUUAUUUAUCUGAUCCUCUGGAUGGGAAACCACUACUUGCAGCAUUGGGUAAGGUGACCAACCUCUAUUACAAUUUCACAGGCAACACAAAUUGUGUCAACUGGACAGAUGAUGGGAGCGCAGAUGCAUCACUAGGAACAAAAGGCUGGGACUACCAGGUACAUCACCACAAGGCAGCUUCCAAACAUUUCAAUAGUGCUAACCAUAAUGGAAUUUUAGGCAUUGCAGUUUCUGGUAUAAUUUAUGCAAAUAAUACACAAGAUAGAAUAUAAAUGGAAAAUAAAUUAAUAACAAGAUUAGGUACGUUGACUCCAUAUGGUAUAAACCAAAUUCACAAUUUGACAUAGCUGCAAUGUCUUUUUCCUGUUUGGUUUAGCUGCAAUGUCUUUUUCCUGUUUGGUUUUUAAAAUUUCACUUCCACUCACUUCCUUUCCGCUCUUUUGAACUUUAUUUUUGUCAGGGACUUGCGUUCACUCUUAUUCUUUGAUCUCCUUUUAAGGUAGGAUACAUAUUUAUAUUUUGUAAAUUUAAUUUAUGAAUUUAAACAAUUUAAUUUGUUUUUUAACUGAUGAAAGCAUUUGCCAAAACAUCUACAUAUGUAUUCUGUAUGAUCAUUAUUAAAGCUGAUCUUAUAUUGUUUUGUUUACACAAAUUGUUUGUGUCUAAUUAUUCUUUUUUUCAAAUUACCUGAACUAGUUCCUGGGACAUGUUACCACUGAGCUUUGGUUUUAUUGCAGCACUUUGCCUUUAAUGUUAUUAUUGCCAUUGUCAUUAUUUAAUAAUUUCAUUUACUGAUUUGUUGACUAUGUAUUCCGAAUCUUUGAAAUAACAAACAUAAGAUCAUUUUCACACACAGAGCUGUACAGAAAUGGUGAUGCCAAUGUGCAGUAACAACACUAACAUGUUUUACAACAUUCCAUGGGACUUCCAGGAAGUUAGUGACAAAUGUUUUGAAAAGUACAAGGUUCGGCCAAGGGAAAAUUGGGUGGCACUUGAAUAUUGGGCGAAACAGCUAAAGGAAACCUCCAAUAUAAUAUUUAGGUAAUGUAGCUUCGAAAAAUACAAGACAUUUUUGUAAGCUCUUGCGUUAUUUGUUGCAUUUGAAAUAAAAUUUUAGCUGAAAUAAGUUGAGUGGAGGCAACAGUACACAUAAUUUAUUGAAUGCACUAUUUUACAUUUUAUUUUUUAUGUAGGCUUUAGACUGCAUUUGAUGUGUAACUGAAAGCGUUAAUAAAUAUCUCUGCAAUUGCAAAACUAUUUCCUUUAUAAAUUCUUUGUAAGUGAUGAUUUCUUUCAAUUUUUCCAGCAAUGGAUUGUAUGACCCAUGGUCAAGUGGAGGAGUAAUGGAGUCCAUAUCUGAUACUGUAGUGGCCAUACAAAUUCCCUAUGGCGCCCAUCACCUUGACCUAAGGGGCUCCAACCCACUGGACACCAGAGCGGUUAUCAGUGCUAGGAUCCAAGAAAAGAACAUCAUCCGCAACUGGCUGAAAAUUACUUACAUAAACGGUUGAUAGAUUUUUCUAAUCGUUUUCAUUUUCAGACACAGGAAAUUACUUUUUUUAUUCAACCAGACCUAUGCCAUUCAGUUUAGAUUAAGCAUUUUAUUGCUAUUGUUAUGUAUAUUGGUUUAAUCAUAUUCGACCUAGUAAUGGCCAGGAGGUGCCAUGAAAUCGACAGUAAAGAGUUAUGAAUUAUUUGGCACAACCACUGUAACACAUUCCAUUUACCUUUAAGUUUUGAUUUUGCUGUAAUCAAAACCUUGAUAAAGUUUCUUUAUUUUGAUUUACUGGAUUUGCAAAACAAUACAAUGUAAAAUAAUGUUCAGUGUCUAUAUUAUUCAUGCUUUAAAUAUGUAAAAAAAUAUUUUAUGUAGGUACAUUUGAAAAAAAACAACACCAUUUAACAGCAGAUGUUUGUGUUGUGUUGUUUUGUUUUUGCUUUUAUUUUCAGAUGAAACAGGAAUAUAUAAUCCUAUUUUGAAAUGUUAAUAUAAUAUAAUUUGGACUUUACUUCAUUAAAUUAAAAUUAUAUUUGAGAAUAAGAAUUUAUAAUUACUGUUGCUGACAGAAAUUUUGCUAGCAAAGGCGCCUAGUGCUAUUUUUAUUCAUAAUUCGUAAACCUGACUUUGUUAGUCUUUUAUUUAAUGAUUAAGUGAAAAUAUAAUUUCUGAAGAUCAAGUAGCAUUAGCCAACAAGUUUCUUAUUCCGUUAGUUCAAAUUUAGUUUCUAAAUUUUGAACAUAUUGUGUUCUCUUGAUCCAAAAUAUUUUGUUAGUUUUUUUUUUGACAUUUAAAGUUUUAAUAAGUUUGUUUAGCAUUCACAUUAAAAUAUUUUUUAAACUAAUAAUUCUUUUUUAAAAAAAUGGUAUAAACAUGCUGAACAAGUACGAGCGUGAGGCCUCAAAAUAUUUGUAAUGAAUUUAUUAAAGCUUAUCAUAUAUAUUAUCACUGAAGUAGCAGGAUUUUUCAAAGAUAAAUUUGCCCAAAAAUGUUGUUUUUUAAAAAAAGGUUUACAAAUGUCUAAUGACAUAUCAGCAGUUAAAGUAUACAUUGUUUAUUUGACUUGAUCUAAAAUGUUGAUAUAUUCACUUGUACUUAUUAUGAUACAAUACUAGACUUUAAAAAAAAAACAACAACAUAAUUUUAUUACAUUACUUAAUAAAUUUUUCUUUUUAUAAGUAAAUUUUAAAUAUACCUACAUUUACAAUAUAAAAUAUAUUUUUUUCCCCAGCCUUGCACACUACUACUAUAAAGUAAAUGGUUUUAUUUUUUAAAUAAUUUUAUCACAUUUGUAAUCACUUUAUUUUGUGAACUAUGUAAUAUUCAUUCCUAUUCCAAGGUCAAAGUUGUACAAAACUUGUUGGAAUAACUCGGCAUAAUCCUUUCACCUAACAUCUUGAUGUGCUCAAAAACUUUACAUACUGGUCAAUGAAAACACACUUGUCAAAGGCAUAGUUUUUUGUUUGUUUAAUUCUUUGUUUCAAGUUUGAACUUGUUUACAUGGACUGUGUUCAAUUAAAAUGAACAUAUGCAUUGUUUUGAA